AUGUUAAGCAUGCUAGGUGAUAACCUAUUUCAAAGAAGGUGGUUCGGCGGAGACUGGGGAUUACCUAUGUGCAGGCUACUGGUGUGGUUUCAUUUUCCAGCGGAGUACUGUUCGAUCUGGAGCCUUGUUGCCAUAGCCGUUGACCGCUAUUAUGCAGUGGCUCGCCCUUUGCAGUUUUCCCCUUUAUCUCACCAUACAAGGCUGGUAGUUUCCUUGAUUUGGGUGUGGUCUCUGUCUUCAGCAGCUGGAACGAUUUCUAUGGCCAAACUUAUCUUCGUGGAGGGAACUGGCCACUUUUGUGUCGUGGAUUAUUCUCAUGUUGAGCUGUCCGCAGCGAACGUUGUAAGCAUCUGCGUGUUGCUGUUUAACUUUGUCUUUCCUCUUUUGGCCAUGGCGGUACUCUAUUCAAUCGUGUGUUCUCGUUUGUUGUCUCGAGAAGUGCCUGGCGAUGAAGCUGGUCACAGUGCAAGGCACGCAGAAGCCAUGAAGACAGCAAAGAAAGUUAACCGAAUGAUGAUCAUCGUUGUUGUUUCAUUUACUCUAUGUUGGUUUCCUUUUUUCAUAUUUGUUGGUUUGGACAGUUUGCAUAAGAUUGAAAUUCCAUAUGCAGCGCUCAAAUUUGUGGUGUGGUUGGCAAACGCUUAUAGUGCAAUUAAUCCUUACAUCUACUUGUCAUUAAGCGAUAAAUUUCGAAAGGAAUUUAUGAUUAUUCUGAACAAAUGUCGGAGCAGUUUUAGCUGUGGGUAAGAAUCUUUUAUCCUGCUAGCUACUGUCCUGCACCAAUAAAAUGGCAUGGCUGGUAUCGUCACUUUUUGCUUCUUUCUUAUCUAUGACUUUGGGUUUGUGCUUGGAAGCGUACAAAUCAAAGAAAUUGAAAACUUUUGACUCAUGUAUAGCGAAUGUACUACUUAAGGUACCUUAUAUCACCACAGAGGCGUAGAUCGAGUUUCUAUCUCAGUGCAACAAUUUCUUUAGCUGUUUUCAUAACGAUAACGAUUAUUAUGAUAAAAACAGUAAUGAUAAUUUUGAUAAUGAUAAUAAUAAUAGCAAUAAUAAAAAUGGGAAUAUGAAAGCGAUCUUCGCAGUGGUGAACACUACUUGAGCAGUAGUGAAAAGAAGGCCUGAAAUGAAAAUUCAGGCCUGUACGGGAUUUAAACCCAUGACCUCUGCAAUACCGGUACAGCGCUCUACUAACUGAGCCAACCAAUCAACUAGGAGCUGGUCAUUAUGUUAGUUCCAAUAAACCUGUGAAGUGAUGAAUAAACAACUGUGAAUAUAUGAUGACAUGAUGAAAAUAAUGAUAGUUAAAAUUAUGAUAGUUAAAAUUAUGAUAUUCUUUAUUUAAUCUCAGUGAUGACGCAUAGAUAACAAACUUAUAGUUUGAUCUAGCCAAAUAUGCAAUUUCAAUACCACUGUAAUAUUUUGUAAAUAAAAAAAUUCAAGGUUUAGUUUUAAGAUAUAUUUAAAGAGCAUCAACCCUUAUGCCUUCCUAUUCCGCUAUCCCCAAAUUUAUGUCAGAGAACGUACACUGUGGGUGUUGGAUUACAAAUAUGCUACGAAAAGCUAAUAUAUGAACAGAAGUACUAACACUAAUUUUAAAUACACCUUAUUUCGUUUGUUUAACAUAUAAUACACGCAGAUAUAUUGCGAAUUCCGUUAAAAUUUUUUUUCCGAGCCCUGUAGGAACAUGGAAAAUGCGAGCAAUAGAUAAAAUAUCCACUCACAUGGUGUGUAGAUUAUAAUAGCUACAAUUUAACUGACAACCGACUUUUUUAUGGUGGAUAAGGAAACCACAAAAGUUUAGCGAUACAUUUUCUUUCCCUAUCACCAUGAAGAAAUCGAGCGUUUGCUUCGAUCUGUUACACACUGGCUCUGUCCACCCAGAAUCACGAUGAGUACCGACGAACUAACGUAUCGCGAAUUAUUGAUUUUCUAUGAAAUUAAAACAUCCAUCUUUUGACAAAAGGUUUUUUCAAGAGUCUGCUAGUGUCAUGUAACUAUUGAACGAAAAAAAUUACUGUUACGUCAAACACUUCAGCCGUCAGACGAUCUCAUGGUUGCGUCGCGUAGCAAGUGUAGCUAUGGUAAUUAUCACUUAUUGAAGAAAUAAUACUUCCAUUCGCUAUGCUGGCCAAUGAAUAUGUUCUGCAACUUUUACAUAUAGAUAAAACCAUGGUUUGAGUAGCAAGGCAAAGCAGAUACUCAUUGAUAUGUCACGACAGGUGUAACUACAGAUCGCUCUUCUCCAGCUGGUAAGAACGAAAUGUUUUCAAAAAGAUUUUACUGCCGGACUGGGUGUUUCUGCUUUUUCAAUUUCGACUGUAUCUUGAUUUAUAACUAGAUCUCACGUUUUUGAAAUCUGUUUAUGAUACUGUUUAAUAAGUCAUUCACUCAUGGAUAAAAAUGAAGCGAGUUUUACUCGAUAAUGGUAACCAUCUUGGUGAAGUCUGAACUCUGUUUAAGUCCGAUUGCCAAAAUAGAAAAAGAGGAAAAAAAACAGUCAGAAUUCAUGUAGGAUGUAAUAGAAGACAACGCGCUUCAACUGGAUCUAACAAGUAUUGCUUGAUUGAAAUUCAUUAAUUAAAAACAUGUUUAUCUGACUUUGGACUUUUUGUUGUAAGGUAUCAUGCUCAGUUAUCUUUAAGAUAAAAACAUUCCACCUCUGUUUUGUUACACCCACGAAGAAUUAGUUUUUUUGAGAUUGAACUGAAACGUUAUAUUCCUCUCUGCCUGAGGGGUAGGCGUCCACUAAUAGCAUUUUUGGCAAAUUUCUAACAAAAACCCUAAUUAGUAAAUACUUAGAGCAUGGCGUUUUCGGGAAUUGCCAUAUAGAUAUAAAGUUACAAGUCCAGUACAUUUCCUGUGGUUGCUUAUUAUGCAUGCCAUUUCCCACGAUGUCAAUAACGAACAUGUGGUAAACACUGUACAAUAGACUUUGUCAUAGUUGUGUGUUCUUCGUCGAUCUGUGGUCUACUACCUGUCACUAUCGCGUUCUUCUGCCUCAGAGACAUCUCUUUUUAUGAGUGAAAUGUACAUUUUUUUCAGCUGGACUUUCAAUUUUCUUAUAGUCAGAAAAUUCGAUGCAAUGAAUAUCAGCGACUAAUUAGAGCUCCAAAGAAUCUGUUACUGAGGCUAUAAAACACACAAAUUAAAACGAUAUCCCCACGAAGCCUUACGCACACUGCAAGCUUGUAGAAAUAGCUUUAUUCCGCAAGUGGAUCCUAAUUUACAACGUUGAAUUUAGAAACUCGGCAACAAUAUAAGAGUCAACAAAACAAAUGGCCCGCAUCUGCCAAACAACGUAUUUAACGCCUCUUCAGAUGCAAUCGUUUGAAAGCUGACGUCUUUUUAUACAAAUGCUAUCUCUUUUCGAGGAAAGGAAAUAUGGCUGAAAUAAGUGUGUGGUUGAGAUAACCAUAGGUUAAUGGUACGAGAUACACUGAUACACUGAUACACUUAAGCUGAGGUUUUGAAAUUUUAAAGCAAGCUGACAUACUUGCAAUUUUCGUAACUUGUGAGAAAUUGCUAGAUUAUCGAUAUUCUUAAGCUAGUGCUUCAGAGUGAUGUGGCUAAAAACCGAGCGUCUUUUUCAGUUCGCUUAUUUGCUGAUUAGUUAAUCUCUCUGAUUGGUUUCGCCUUUGUUUGUUUGGUUCUUGUUUGUCACUGACUUAAUUAAUUCUCUUGUUCGCAUAGGAAACACGACAAGCCCUCCGCUCUCUGCCAACAAUUCAGUGAUAAUGACCAGUUUGACAUCAGUCUACUUUGUUACUAUAUUCGCUUCCAUAUUUUGCAACUCCAUGAUCAUCCUCAUAAUCCGUACAAGACACUUCUUAAAAUUCGUCACCAACCACCUCAUCCUCAGUCAAGCAUAUGCAGACUUGAUCAUCACGUUUACCAUAAUGUUGGGCAUGUUGGGGGAUGA